AUGGAGCAGUAUGGAACCGUACGGAGCAGUAUGGAGCCGUAUGGAGCCGUACGGAGCAGUAUGGAGCAGUACGGAACGGGUAGGAGCAGUUCAGAGCAGCAAGGAGUAUCAUCCAAACCUUCAGUCAUCCAAACCUUGAGUCAUCCAAACCUUGAGUCAUCCAAACCUUCAGUCAUCCAAACCUUCAGUCAUCCAAACCUUCAGUCAUCCAAACCUUCAGUCAUUCAAACCUUGAGUCAUCCAAACCUUGAGUCAUCCAAACCUUCAGUCAUCCAAACCUUCAGUCAUCCAAACCUUCAGUCAUCCAAACCUUCAGUCAUUCAAACCUUGAGUCAUCCAAACCUUGAGUCAUCCAAACCUUCAGUCAUCCAAACCUUAAGUCAUCCAAACCUUCAGUCAUCCAAACCUUCAGUCAUCCAAACCUUAAGUCAUCCAAACCUUCAGUCAUCCAAACCUUCAGUCAUCCAAACCUUCAGUCAUCCAAACCUUAAGUCAUCCAAACCUUCAGUCAUCCAAACCUUCAGUCAUCCAAACAUUCCUCCCUUAUAA